GCUUCCCAAUGGAGAGCAGAGCUUUGGCUUUUAGGGCUAUGGUGAAGAAGCAUUGUCCUGCGAAGGAAGAUUUGGACCCUCGAAAGUGGAUGAGACAGGAAUCUGUGAGGGGGUUUGCUGACUUCAUACUGAACAAGAACUCGGACAAAGAUACAGACAACAGCUUUGACAACAAAGAGAUGUUGCUUGACACAGAGAAGAAGUUUAUGGAAGCAGCUAAGAGAAAUGAUGUGGAGACCAUGAAGACUCUUGGAAAAAGGCUGAACCCCAAUGCAAAGAAUGUGCAUGAUAGGACUGCCCUCCACUAUGCAGUAGCCGGGAAAAACAGGGAAGCUGUGCAGCUUCUUCUACAGCGCAGGGUCAAGGUGGACCAAAAGGACAAGUACGGUGUGGCACCCAUUCAUUUGGCUGCAUGGUUUGGCAGUUUGGAGAUCCUGAAAUUAUUAGUGCAAGCUGGUGCUGAACAGAAGGUUGAGAACGAGGACGGACUGAACAUCAUGCACUGUGCUGCUAUCAACAACCACACUGAUAUUGUAGAGUAUAUUGUUGAUGACCUGCAGAUGAAGGAACUAGACAAAGAUGACCAGUCAGGAAACCAAGCAUUUGCACUGGCCGCAGAGCAUGGGUGUGUUGAAAUGUUAGAAAUGCUGAUGCACCCAUACAAUAUGGCCACCAUGAAGCCCAACAAGAGAGGAGACACGCCCCUGCACUUAGCUGCCAGGAACAACCAAUUGGAUGCUGUCCAACUACUGCUGCAGAGCUUUGAUACUCGGGAUGAAGUCAAUAUGGAUGAGGAGACAGCUCUGUACCAGGCUGCAGACAACGGUCAGGAAGGAUGUGUACUGGCUCUGCUGGAGGCUGGCUGUAACCCCGACAUCCUCACAACGGCCAAAUGCAGUGCUCUCCAUCCAGUUUCAGAAAGAGGAGACACAUCUCUUGUCCAACUCCUCUUAGAGUACAAAGCCCAUACAGACUUUAAGAAUCAACACCUAGACGCUCCUCUCCACCUGGCAGUGAAGAACAGCCACAUCCCUGUCAUCCAUUCUCUACUGGCAGCUGGCUGCGACAUUAAUGUCACAGAUAAGAGGUCCCAGACUGUUAUGCAUCUUGCUGCAGAGCUGGCCAGAAUAGACGUCGUGGAAAUGCUUCUUAAAGCUGGGUUAGACCUGUCACUCCGGGAUAAGCAGGGUAAGACGGCUCUGGGUGUGGCAGUCAGAGCAGAUGAGGCGAUUAUUGCAGACAUGAUCAUUAAGGCAGAAAGAUACUGCGCCUGGAGGACGGCCAACCCUGAGCUUAAUGAGAGUGUUCACAGCGAGUAUCCGCUAACGUUUAAGCUCGACCACCGCUAUGAGACCAAGCAGCUCCGCUCGAUGGCCUGGCACCUGGCGUACGAGCUCCUGAAACCAGGAGACUGGAAAAGACUGGCGGAUCACUGGGGCUUUACUAAGGCGCAAGUGUCGGCCAUCGAGGAGCAGUGGACAGGUCAGCACAGCUAUAAAGAGCAUGGGAACAGGAUGCUGCUGAUCUGGCUCCAUGGGGAGGAGUUGGCUCAGAAGAGCCCUGCUAAAGAACUUUACCAGGGCCUCAUCCUCACAGGGAACAGGAAAGCUGCAGAUAAGAUCCGGAUGGAGGCAGAGAGUUCCAGCAGUAAGAACUGCAGCAUUUCAUGAGAAUGAACACUGUAACUCACUGACAAAAUGAACUCCACAUUUACAUUAUUUUCAACUACUCAUCUGUACAGGAACUUAGCAGUAAAAUAAUUUAUUUAAAAAUAAAAUCAUGCCUGAGAUAAUUAAUAAAUGGCUUUGGUUUAGUAAAGUAAACAACUUGUGAUGUUGGACGGUCAAUUCUCAACUGAUAAUAUUACACACAAAUAUUUACACUAUGUGAUUUUACACAUUUCAAUACAGUUUCAUCUGUGCAUAAUUUAAAGUAAAAACUUAUCAUAGAAAUAAAUGUUCAUUUUGCAAUUCUCAACUCUGUCCAGCUGGUAAUCUGCUGUUCUAAACACCUGUGUCUAUGUAGUACUUUGCUGAGAAAAAUGCUAUUGCUCAGGAAAUUGUGCCUUUCACAUUCAUGAAAGAAAGAUGAAAAAAAUCAAAU